UUUUGUUUGUUUUGUUUUUUUUUUUCUCCCCUUCAUUGAUGUCCUCUUUUCCUUGCCAUUUUUGUCACUUUUCACCCUUUGGCCAAAUAACUAAUGGGAAAGUUUUUUCCUCAUUCCAGAAACACUUUAACUACUGGAAUAUUGGAUUGGAAGUCCAUCACCAAUAGGAAAAUUUGGAAUUUUUUUUCUCCCCCCUUUUCAAGUUAUAAAAAAAACAUUUUAUUUAGUCACUUUCAAGACAACUUUAUUUAUUUGACAUUUCAGUACAUUUAUGCUUUAAAUAUGCACCUCUGCUGCAUCCACUCUGUCCCAGUGUCCUCUGCCUUUCCCCAAUUUCUACCAAUGCUCAGCCCCUCCCCUUUCUGGAAGAAAGACUCAAAGAUUAGAAAUUUAGGAAUUAAGGUUUAAAGUCUAUAGAAAUUUUAAACUUCAGUCCAUGUAUUUUCAUACAGUUGGCUUCGGAGGGAAAAUGCUGGCUCGGUCUUUAAAGAGUACAUGAACUGAUGAGAAGAUAGAUCAUCUUUGCCGUGCAAAAGAUAAGAUGGUUUCUAACCUCACCACUAUACUCCAACAUACUUUUACCAAGUUCCCCAUGGCAAGCAUUCUGUUGGCUGGAGGUGCGAGUCCUUCAUUCCCCGCAAGUGUUUAACUUGUAUUUUUCAUCUUUUAAAACUUAUGUCUGUAUUACCUUGGGGGGUUCCUGGGUUAGGUCCAUUCUGAAGAUUUGGAGUUGUCCCACUGGUUACAGGCCAUCUUAUUUUGUGCUUGGGGGGGGUAAAGGAGUGGGGAGGAGCAUCAUAGAGUCACAGCUCUCUUGCUCUGUCGCUCCACCCCCCGCGCGCUAGCAAAGGAUUGGUGGAGUUCGCGCCUAGAGCUGUCUUCCUGACCCAUCUGCUGUGAUGGCAUUUAAUUCACUGGGAAAAUCAGCUAAGAGGAUCCUUGCUGUAACAUUUAAUAUCUAUUUAUUAAUAGAUAUCACUUGUUUAAAUGGCUUCUGUAAGAUACAGAUUGUUUUGUGGGUUAAACAUUUUUCACUUGCCUAAAAAGGUUCAAGCAGCGUCAGGCAGACAGCUCAUAAUCUAUUCCACCACCUGCGUCAGAUGCUGGGUUAGAAAGAUGAAAGUAUGCGCAGCAGCAGCAGCGAUGACUUCUUUAUUUCAGAGCUGUGGAGCCAUCUAGAUACAAGUAAUUAAACCACAGACUUUUCUCCCUACCCCAUUGGCCAGGAUUCAAGAAAGCAGGCCAGGAUAAAGAAAUCAAAGUUGACAUUUUGUUUUGAAAAUGCUAAAACAACAAGCUAAAAGCAAUGAUGAGUAUUUUUCCCUUUCUCUAAAACAUGAGAUCAGUUCAUUUGGGCAAGAUCAAGCCAGUAACUGCCCUCCUGUUUGACCUGCAACAUAACAAACAGAAAUCCUGGCUGUAGUAAGAACAAAUUGAACACUUCAAAGCCUUUCUUCCCUCCCUGUUUCCCUUUUAGCUUUUCUUAUUUUGUUUUUUUAUUUUAUUUUAUAAAAACAUUCAUUGCAUGAAUAAAAACUUAUUUAAGAAUAAUUUGUUUUGUUUGUUGUGAUUUGGAAAUCCUGUUUGAUUUCCAUAUUUUUUGCAAAAGAAUGUAUUUUUUUGGAAACUCUACUAAUGAUCUUGUUUUCUGAUUUUGUCUCUUUUGGUUUUCCACAACUGAUAUUGUUAUUUAGAAGGUUUCAGGUGGGUGAAACUAUUCCUGCGUAGGUGCCUGGCGGAAAGGAACACUAGGGCAGCCUCAGUCCCCUCCUCUUCUUCCAGCCAGCUGCGGCCGCCACUCUGACAAAGUCCAUAAAUAUGGCCUGUUACCUGAAAGCCAUUGAGACUCAGCCCAACUUUGCCGUGGCUUGGAGCAACCUGGGCUGUGUGUUCAAUGCCCAGGGAGAAAUUUGGCUGGCCAUACAUCAUUUUGAAAAGGCAGUCACCCUGGAUCCAAAUUUCCUUGAUGCCUACAUCAACUUGGGAAAUGUUUUGAAAGAAGCCAGAAUCUUUGACAGGGCUGUGGCUGGAUACCUGAGAGCCCUGAGUCUCAGCCCCAACCAUGCUGUUGUUCAUGGGAAUCUUGCCUGUGUCUACUACGAACAAGGUCUCAUUGACUUGGCCAUCGACACUUACCGCCGUGCAAUCGAACUACAGCCACACUUCCCUGAUGCCUACUGCAAUUUGGCAAAUGCCCUGAAAGAGAAAGGCAACGUCUCUGAGGCAGAGGAAUGCUACAACACAGCCUUACGCUUGUGUCCCACUCACGCCGACUCACUCAACAACUUGGCCAAUAUCAAGCGAGAGCAGGGCAACAUCGAGGAAGCCGUUCAGCUCUACAGAAAAGCCUUAGAGGUUUUCCCAGAGUUUGCAGCAGCUCAUUCUAAUCUGGCCAGUGUUCUGCAGCAGCAGGGCAAACUCCAGGAAGCCCUUAUGCACUACAAAGAAGCCAUCAGAAUCAGCCCCACCUUCGCUGAUGCCUACUCAAACAUGGGAAAUACACUGAAGGAGAUGCAGGAUGUGCAAGGAGCACUUCAGUGCUACACCCGUGCCAUCCAGAUUAACCCUGCCUUUGCUGACGCACACAGCAAUUUGGCCUCUAUCCACAAGGAUUCUGGAAACAUUCCUGAGGCCAUUGCUUCCUACCGCACUGCUUUGAAACUCAAGCCAGAUUUCCCAGACGCUUACUGCAACCUGGCACAUUGCCUACAGAUUGUGUGUGACUGGACGGAUUACGACGAGCGAAUGAAGAAGCUCGUGAGCAUCGUGGCUGACCAGCUGGACAAGAACCGUCUGCCCUCCGUUCAUCCACACCACAGCAUGCUCUACCCUCUCUCGCACGGCUUCCGCAAGGCCAUUGCGGAGCGUCAUGGAAACCUAUGUCUGGACAAGGUACACAAAAUGAUCAAAAUCAAUGCACUGCACAAACCCCCCUACGAGCAUCCCAAAGAUCUAAAGGCCAGUGGCGGACGUCUGCGUGUUGGCUAUGUCAGUUCUGACUUUGGCAACCACCCAACUUCACAUCUCAUGCAGUCCAUUCCUGGAAUGCACAGUCCUGAGAAAUUCGAGGUCUUCUGCUACGCACUCAGCCCUGAUGAUAGCACCAACUUCCGUGUCAAAGUGGUGGCAGAGGCUCAUCAUUUCACAGACCUUUCACAGAUCCCUUGCAAUGGCAAAGCUGCCGAUCGUAUUCAUCAGGAUGGAAUCCACAUUCUGGUCAACAUGAAUGGAUAUACCAAAGGUGCAAGAAAUGAACUUUUUGCCCUUCGCCCAGCCCCCAUUCAGACCAUGUGGCUGGGUUACCCAGGAACCAGUGGGGCACCCUUCAUGGACUACAUCAUCUCUGACAAAGAGACCUCACCAAUGGAAGUGGCUGAGCAGUAUUCAGAGAAACUGGCGUACAUGCCCCACACUUUCUUCAUCGGAGACCACGCCAACAUGUUUCCCCACCUCAAGAAAAAGGCAGUGAUAGAUUUCAAGUCUAAUGGACACAUCUUUGAUAACCGGAUUGUUCUCAAUGGUAUUGAUCUGAAAGCCUUCUUAGACAGUCUGCCAGAUGUGAAAGUAAUAAAGAUGAAGUGUGACAACAACCAAGACACGGCUGGUGACACGAAUGGAGCCCUUUCCAUGCCCGUUAUUCCGAUGAACACUGCAGCUGAAGCCAUCAUCAACAUGAUCAACCAGGGUCAAAUCCAGGUCACAAUCAAUGGCUUCACAGUCAGCAAUGGCCUGGCCACCACACAGAUUAACAACAAAGCUGCCACUGGUGAAGAGGUGCCACGCACAAUUGUUGUGACCACUCGCUCCCAAUAUGGUCUUCCAGAGGACUCCAUCGUCUACUGCAACUUUAACCAGCUCUACAAGAUCGAUCCCCCUACUCUACAAAUGUGGGCAAACAUCCUGAAUCGUGUGUCCAACAGUGUGCUGUGGCUCCUGCGGUUCCCUGCAGUAGGGGAGCCCAACAUCGUCCAGUAUGCUCAGACCAUGGGUCUGCCUAGCUCUCGCAUCAUCUUUUCUCCUGUGGCACCAAAAGAGGAGCACGUGAGGCGUGGUCAGUUGGCUGACGUGUGCCUAGAUACUCCUCUGUGCAAUGGUCACACUACAGGCAUGGAUGUUCUCUGGGCCGGAACACCCAUGGUCACCAUGCCAGGUGAGACCCUCGCUUCUCGUGUGGCAGCUUCACAACUCAACUGUCUCGGCUGCCCUGAACUGAUUGCCCAGAGUCGCCAGGACUACGAGGACAUAGCUGUCAAACUUGGAUCGGACAUGGAAUUUCUGAAGAUGAUCAGGGCACGAGUCUGGAAGCAGCGGAUCUGCAGUCCCCUGUUCAACACCAAGCAGUACACGACUGACUUGGAGAGACUGUACCUGCAGAUGUGGGAGCAUCAUAGCAAUGGCAACAAGCCAGAGCACAUGUUUAAAUUCCAAACAAUCGAGGCCAGUGAGAGUGCGUGAACUGGAUGGAAGCAUGCCAAAUUCUUUUAACUCUCAUCCCCGUCGUGUUCAACCCUGGGAACUUUUUCUUUUUUUUUUUUUUAGCUUCGAGCACCCUAGCUUUGAAAAUUCAACUUCCAAACUUAAUCUCUAUAUUAGUGUCUAGAUUUCUCAUCUACUGCUAACAGGAAUUUUAUUUAUGACGGAUCUCACAUAAGACUUUUGGCCCGUUUCUGUCAUCCACGUUUGCAUUUUAUGAACUCGAGACUUAAGUCCUUACAUGCAGUGUGUUUGAGCAUGAAAGGAUCCUCAGUGCCCUCCCACCCCCCGGCUCAGUACCCCCUCCAAAAAAAAGAAGUGGUUUUUGUUCUUGUCUGUAAAUUGGACUAAUUGCAGCAUGUAGAGAAUGCUAAUCCGUCUUUAUUUUUAUUCAGAUUCAGUAGGGAGUGUUGUUUUAAAACAGUCGAUGCUGCAGCACCAAAAUCAUUGCUUGGAUUUUCACCUCAUCCGCUUAAAGAUGCAACUAUAAAAAGGCAGAGUUCAGCUGCUCUUUGUCCUAAGCUCUUGUUUGAUGAGUGCAGGUAGUUUUUUUUUUUUUGUGUGUGCACAUUUCGAGUCUGAUAAAGACCCGUUACCUUAAUGCCAACUUUAAUGACUUUCGUCGACAGUGGAGGGAUAUUUUCUGUAUCUGUCGUCCUGUGAUGUCUCAUUGCUUGUAAGAAUUAUUAGUUUGGACAAGGCUGGACUUCUGAAUCAAUGGAUUGGGCCUAAAAAAAUGUCUUAGAUGCAGAUUUCCACACUUCAGUCUCCCUUUUUUUUAUUUCACAAGAUCCAGCCUGGGUAAGUAUUUUCUAAGCCGUUUUUGUUUUUGUAUAUUGUCUGUUUAUCGUAUGCUGUCGAUGAUGCCACUAGGCUCUAAAUAUAAUAAAAACAAUAAAGAGAUGGCAAAGC